UUUUAUUAGGCUGCAUGACUGUCUUAUUUUUCUAUGACAAACCAACUAUUUAUUGACAUGUGGCUAAGUGAGAAGUGGAAGCUGUUAAGCUUUCACACAAUUUCUCCAUGGAUGACAUGAUGAAAAACCAUUUCUCCAGCUUCUUCAUAAAUCAAAUUGUGGUGAAAAUGAUUAUCAUCUAUUCGUUUUUAUUGUCAAAAAAAAUAUUCGUUUUUAUGUUCCUAUUUUUGUCGAAAUUCUUUUAUUCUCAUUGAGAACAUAAUUAAUUAGUUGGAAAAAACUGUUAAUCUCAACCCUGUAGUAAUGCACGGGUGGACAUAUUUUUAAUAUGUACGUGAAGUAGGAAUGACAAUGUGGUAGGUCGGUACGAGUAUCUCGAUACCAAUACACGCUUUGUGGUAGUUUGGGUAAUUUAUUACGGGGCGAAGGUCGAUCUAUGAGUAUGUAAUUUCAACACAAAAUUGUGAAAAUAUUCAUUUUUCAUACACAAAAAAAAACAAAGUAAUACAUGAUUAAUGUUUUUAAGUUAUUCGUGAAACUGAGCUUCUCAUCUAUUUACAACUUUAUUAUAAAUAAAAUAUUAUGUCAUAAAAGUAAAAGAAUAAUUAAUUUGAGUAAUAUUACAUGGGAUUUAAGCAAGAAAUGGGUAAAAAAUGGGCCGAGUCAAGACAGGUCAUGUUGAGGAUCCUACUCAUGCCCGCCCAGUCCAAAACAAGUCGGGUACAACAGAUCAAAUCAAAAUUGGCAUCCCUAACAUGAAGCGUCUAUCAAACGAAAACAUCUCAACAUACGACAAUUCAUGUAUCAAACAUAUUUUUUUUUUACUAACAUGCCUUUCUAAAAUAGUAUGGUUGAAAUGCUAAAACUAAAAAAUAAAAAAUUAUAAUGAUUAAAAAUCAUGCCAAAAAAUCCGAAGAAAGUAAAUAAAUUAGCUAAGCACGAGCUUAUUGAAACAAUUAUAUUUAGUAUUAUUGUGUCAACAACCAAUAAUUCACCGUCUCUUAGCAUCCGUAGCAUAGCGCGGGUUCAUUCUAGUUUACCUAAUAUUUGGUGAUUCUAGCCCUCAUUUGACAGAAGUUUGUCUCUCAAUAGUUUUAUGUAAGACAGCUUUUAUGCAUGAGCCCAACACGAACCAGGAGUAAAAUCCAUAGGCUAGAAAAGAAAAGUCCAAGGUCAUGUUUAUCAAAUUGAUACGUAUGAUGCCUCAAGAUCUAGAUCACCACCAUUUAAGAAAAGAGUACCAAGAGGAGAGUAGUUCGUAGCUCUUUCCUUAACCCUAUUUUCGAUCUGUGUUUAGAGGCGGAAAGCAACAAGUUUUAUGGACUUCACAAGGAGUAAUUUUCAUACCCAAUGGCUAAGUGAACUCUUAUUAUUUGAAUAUUUUUCGUUCCUUUCUCUUGUUCAAAACGUGUAUCAAAGUAGAAAAGUAAAGAAAGUUGUGAUUGAUGAGGAAUCGGUUUGGAAUAUGUGGAAUCUUGAGAAAUGAAUUUUUCCACUACCUUAAAGACCUUAUUCCCCAUAUCCUAGAUCGUAACCACAAUACAAUCCAAUUAAAAGUCAUCCAGACAAAUUAUUUGUGGCUAGGGUUGUUAAUGAUCCGAGCUGAGGUUUGCCCAUGGUUCGAGCUCGACUCGUUAAAAUACUUUCAAGCUCGAUUUCAGUUAGAGUUUGAUAUGAGCUUUAACAGGAAAGCUCGAGCUCGGCUCGCCAAACGAAGCUAACGAGCAAAAAUUGAGUUCAACUAAUAGAAUAUGAUUUUAGUUCAACCUUGAGCUCAAACUCGGAUCACAAGACACUAACAACAAACACUUGAAGGAUUUCGAAUUUGUUUGUGAGUCUAUUGGGCCGAACCUAAAUUGAUGAUAGGUUUUGUCAAUUGACAAAUCUUAAUCCAAUUUUAGAAUAAAAUGCUUAGUGAUAGUAGUAUUUGAACUCGAGAUUAUUUGACAAUCGUAAAUAAUUUUAUUUUAUCGUUGAAUACCGUUAAUCUAAUUAUUGGAUCCGCCGCUCCCUAGCUCCGCCACCGCUUUCUUUGCUUUCUGAAAUUCAAACGUUACUUGAAAGGGAAAAGAAUAACUAUUUUGCGGGUUCCUGUUUCCAUUUCCAGCUUUCUGGUGGAGUAAGCUAUUGGCCUGAGUGUCGCGAGAUCUUUCAAUGCCCGCGAAAGACUUCCUCUCUGUUUUUGCUUCUUUUGUGUCUUUCGUGGGCUAUAGAGCUACAGAAACCUAGAAAUGAAAAGUUGGUCACUUGCAAGGAGGGAUUUUGACUAUUUUCACGAAAUUUCAAUAGAGUAGCAAUGUAUUAGGAUUCGUUAUUUCCAACUCCACUAACGAACCCGAUCGUUUAGUUGAACAAUACCAAGACUCUUUCGCCUCCUCAACCUACCAAUUCUCAUCUACUUAUUCUAUGAAUAUAAGUUCGGUUCUUCAAGGCAAGGUGAUACAAAGUCAAACUUCUAAUUAAUAACAAAUAAAAAAAAAUUACUAAGGCAUUGUCAAUAUUUAUCUUUUGUGUGUCACCCAAAAAAAAUUAUUUUAUCUUUUGUGACAAGUACAGAAUUUAUCUGCCUCGCUGCUUUUUAUUUGAACUUAUUUUACAACUAAACACGUUAAUUAUCCUCAAUUCUAUUUUAAGUAGCAGCGCUAAUUCUACCAAAACACUCCAACUAUAUUAAAAAUGUCAUUUCUGCCCUUAAUUAUUCGAUAUGACAAUCCUAACAUGACUCAUGAGACUUUUGCGAUAUACUGGCGCUUUUGUUGACCGUUAGAGAUACUGAACUUCUAUUUAACGCCCUAACUUUUUAAAAUUUUCGCUAUAAACUUACUCAAGCAAACCAUUUUACAACGAACAGAUUCCUAACCCCUAAAAAAUUGUAACAAAUCUUUCGCCCUGGUCAUUACUACUACGCCCGUCGCCGCCGAACUCUGCUCUGCCACCUCCGGCCGCGACAACGAUCAAUUUCUCCCCCAAGCUCCCAAACUUUAAAACCACCUCACCGUCUCAUUCUCGCCGGCACGGCCCCCUUCGAAAUUCACCGCGAAGGAACCUUUACCCGGUGGCUGCACGCAGCGCUCUCAAUCAGAACGCAGAGGCCGUCGCCGUGUUGUCCAUGUCGUAGGCAGUGGUCAUCAUCGUUGAUUUGAUCGCCGCCGGCAACCAAUCCCGAUGAACAAAUUUCAGCACCGCAACUAUCUAGUUGAUGUGAGGAUAGGACAUCGACGUCCUGGAGAUGUUGUUCAACAAAACUCGUCUCUUGUCGGUCUUCAGCUCGGCCAGGGCGGUUUCGCGUGGCCGGCAAGAUCCUUUCCUUUCUUCUCUGUACUUGAGCAACGCAGCAGCAGAGGCGGCGGCGGUGACGGGCGGAGCUGAUCAAGAGCAGCAGAACAAGGGGCCAGGAAAUCAGGGCGAUGGAAACGUUUAGGGAUUGGGGUCAAAUUUGUAAUUUAAGUUCAUUUUAGGGCGUUGAUUUUUUAAUUUUAGAGCGUUAAUUAGUAACUCACUUGAGAUAAUGGGUGACCAUAUGAUAGUCAAGAAGAUGUUGACUUUUGUUGACCUGGAAAAAAACGUAGCAUCCACAUAGAUGGCACACCAUCAUAAUUUUUAAGUAAAACUUAAUUAUUUUAUAAAAAUAAUCUAAAUUAAAUGAAAAUCAAAAUAAUAU